GGCACACACACACACACACACACAGACAGAGAGAGAGACAGACAGAGCUGACAGAACUUGUGCGACUUGAACACACUCUCUGCACCUUUGGAGUGCGCGCACUUUCAUGUGCGGCGUGUGAAGGACGUAAUACGGCAAUUUGAGAAAAUAUUGACUGAAUUUGCAGCUCAAGAUGAUUAAACCACAUCUCACUGCUGUAUUCAUCGCAAUUCUACUGACUUGUUGUGGGGCAAAGCCAAAUGGAAAGAACAAAAAGCCAAAACUAGUUGUGCCGGCUAUAGAGUGUGAUGUGCGGGCAGGGAAGAUCAAUCUCCCAGAGUUUAUUGCUAAGUGUCCUGCUAACUGUAGGGAGACCAAGGAGAGGGUGUAUGGGACGAGUGUGUUUGCCUCCAUAUCCAGUAUCUGCAAUGCUGCCAUUCACAGUGGGGUCAUCAGUAACUCUGGAGGAAAGGUAAUUGUGAGAAAGAUGGACGGUCAGGCAUCCUACAAGGGCAGCUUUGCCAACGGUGUCCGAUCACUGUCCUUAACCAGCUGGAGAGAGUCAUUUUCUGUCUCUGUGGGAAAACCAAACAAAGGGGUGAUCUAUCCCUCCAGUCUGGAAUACACCCCCUCAAGACCCACCAUAGUGAAAACGGCUUCCUCAGACUCCACAGUGUUUCCCGGGACAACAGCUCCAGAGCCAACCACCACCAUGACAACCACAGCUCCACCCACAAUCACUCCAGUGACCACACCCACCACCACAGCCCCACCCACCACCACAUCAGCCAAGCCACGAGUCACUGUUCAUAAAUUCCGCGAGGCAGGCAGCAGUCACCCAUACUUUAGCUCUGUAGCACGACAAUCACAGAGCAUCCAAGGAAAGGGUCCCGCUCAAGCAUUUAGAGGCAGCUCCAUCUAUGCCAAUAGGUUCUCAUCCCACUCAAGCACAGGUGUGCAGAGGCCAGACACAGGAGCCGUGAUCCGGAGACAGCCGCAUGUUCCCUCGGCCUCAGCUUUGAGUCGAUUGCAAUUGCAGUCUGAGAGAGACCAGCAUGCGCCGCAGUCUAUUCCUUCGUUAGCGAGAAGAGAUUGGCUGCACCCUGCGUACGCACGACCUGAUUGGUUCUUUGGCACCAGGAAACCAACAGACACUAGCCACUCUUUGCCAAACACAGGCCAUAAAUGGAGUCGGAUGAGCUCUGGUGAAUCUGUUCGUGACCCAAGACCUGAUAACACUGAGCAUGAGCACCUGCUCUAUAACUAUGGACAGUACUCUCCUGAGUCAGACGACAACAAGCCUAUGUCUGAGACCAGCCACACUAAAGAGACACUUGUUGAAUCAUGGGAGCCUGAGUCAAACCCGUUCAAGUCAAGAUUCAGUGCUCGAGGGGAGGACUCAACAGCCAGAGUAACGGAAAUCAUGUCUCAGGGAAAUCCAAACUGUAAAGUUGACAUGGCUUUCCUCAUGGAUGGCAGUUGGAGCAUUGGCAAACGGCGCUUUAAGAUUCAGAAGGACUUUCUUGCGGAGGUGUCUCAGGUCAUUAAUGUUGGUGUUGUUGGACCCCUGAUGGGCAUCAUUCAAUAUGGGGAUGACGCAGUCACAGAAUUCAGUCUGAGACAGUUCUCCAACUCCAAAGACCUAAAAUCAGCCAUCAAUAAAAUUGUCCAGAAGGGUGGUGCAUCUAAUAUAGGCAAGGCUCUCUCCUACAUCAACAAGCAUUUCUUCAGCGAUGCUAAUGGCAACAGAGGUGGAGCACCGAACGUGGCUGUGGUCCUGGUGGACGGCUGGCCCACUGACAAUGUGGAGGAGGCCUCGCGUCUGGCCAGAGAGUCGGGGAUCAACAUCUUCUUUGUCACUAUCGAGGGCCCAGAUGAAAAUGAGAAACAGAAUGUGGUGGAGGCCAACUUUGUCGACAAGGCUGUGUGCAGGACCAAUGGCUUUUUCUCGCUGCCGAUAACGAGCUGGUUUGCAUUGCGUAAGGCUGUGCAGCCACUGGUGAAGCGUGUGUGUGACAUAGACCGCCUGGUGUGCAGUAAGACCUGCCUGAAUGCCAAUGACAUUGCAUUUGUCAUCGACGGCUCGAGCAGCGUGGGAACUGGAAACUUCCGCACCGUGCUCCAGUUUGUCGCUAACGUGACACGCGAGUUUGAGAUUUCAGACACGGAUACACGUGUGGGCAUGGUCCAGUACACAUAUGAACAGAGGCUCGAGUUUGCUUUUGGACAGCACAAUAACAAAGCUGACCUGCUGAAUGCUAUCAAGCGUAUAAACUACUGGAGUGGAGGAACCAGCACAGGAGCCGCAAUCACAUAUGCUGCCGAUCAACUCUUCGGCAAAUCCAAACCCAACAAACGCAAGAUCAUGAUCGUCAUCACAGAUGGACGCUCGUAUGAUGAUGUGAGGGCACCGGCGCUGACAGUACAUCGUAAAGGUGUGAUCGCGUACUCUGUCGGUAUAGCAUGGGCCGCACAAGACGAGCUGGAAUACAUUGCCACUGACCCCGACAGAGAGCACUCAUUCUUUGUCGAUGAGUUUGACAACCUCUACAAGUAUGUGUCGAAAAUUAUUCACAACAUCUGCCAAGAGUUCAACUCCCAGCCACGCAACUGAAGCAGGAACACAAACAGAGACUUUGUUAAUUUUGGAAGAUCACUAUAAGUCUAAGGAACAAUGCAUCACCACACAAGCAGCAUAACAGUAUUACAGGUUUAGCAUAGAAUGAAUGAAAGGUAUCGAUGCAACAUGUUUUCAGGUUUGGUAUUCUGCAGUUUAAAACAACAAAACCAUUUGGCUCUAUGUUCAGUGAUUUUGUGUGAAAAAGUUUGUGAACAGAUUUCUGCACAUCAAUACAGUUAUAAAAGACAGAUCACUCUUAUAGCUUUAAAGACUUUAAAAUUUUACAUACUGAACAAAUUAUUUAAAUAUAAUAAUAUCUAUGUUUUUAUGGAAAGCUCAGAGCUAAUUGUCUGUGCAAAGUCAAAGGUACCAUGUGAUCUGUUCUUCGUAAAUGAAAUAUCUUGCCUGAUAAAUGCAUAAGUUCAGGUUUAAUAAAGGAAAUGUGUUAAAUGAAUGGGAUUUUGCAUAUGCUCUGGAAACAGGAAAAUGAAUGGAUUAUGAUUGUGUGUGCAUGCUAGAACUAACUGAUUUUACUGUAAAUCACAAGACUUGUCAAAGCACAAAACUGACCAAAUGUUUUAAUAGACAUUUAAAACAACAUGUGUAAAUUUCAAGAAGAAUGGCAACAUUCAUAAUAUUCCUGUUGUAUGACUCUGAUUAUAGACCUUAUGAGUAUUUUCAGUGUAAUUUUCUAUAUUGUCAUUUUGUCACGUAUGUAUAUAUUACUAUUAAAAUGGCUUGUCAUUUUGUUUUAAAAAUUUUUUUAAGAGAGAUAAUUGAUGAAUAUUUUCAUGUAAUUUUUAAUAAAAUUAUUAAUGAAAACCAGGAAA